UUAACGGAAAUCCUGAUUUUCUUCCGGGAUUUUCAACAGAAAUCCCCAAUUUUUUUAAAUUUUAACCCAAACCCCCGUUCCUCAGUGCGCCACAGCAUCAUCCAGACGGAAUUCUACCAAAAAUCCCUGGAUUCCAAGGCGGACAGCGAGCAGUACAUGUUCGACUUCGACGGCGACGAGAUUUUCCACGUGGAGAAGGAGGAGACGGUCUGGAGGCUGCCGGAAUUCCAGGAAUUCGCCAGUUUCGAGGCGCAGGGAGCGCUGCAGAACAUCGCCAUCGACAAGCAGAACCUGGAGAAUUCCAUGAAGGCCUACAACAAUUCCCGAAUUCCCAGCGAGCCCCCGGAGGUGGCGGUGUUCCCCAAGCACCCGGUGGAGCAGGACGAGCCCAACAUCCUGAUCUGCUACGUCACCAAGUUCUGGCCGCCGGCGCUGGGGCUGAGCUGGCUGCGCAACGGGGUCCCGGUGACGCGCGGCGUCCUGGAGACGCCGAUCCCGCCGGGCCCCGCCCGAUCCCGGGGGAUUCCGACCCAAUUCCAGGCCCUGGGAUUCCUCCACCCCAAUCCCAGUUGGGUCUCAACCCAAUCCCAGUUGGUUCCACUUCAAUCCCAGUUGGAUCUCAGUCAAACCCAGUUGGGUCCAACGCAAUCCCAGUUGGAUCCCACCCAAUUAUUCAGGCUCUGGAUCCCACACAAUUUCAGUUGGAUCCACUCCAAUUUAAUGAGAUUUCAACCCAAUCCCAACUGGACGGAUCCAAUUUUCGCCGAACCCACCCUGACUCCAAACUCCGGGAUUUUUCCCCGGAUUUCCCCCCGGAUUUUUCCAGAGCCCCCGGAGGUGGCGGUGUUCCCCAAGCACCCGGUGGAGCAGGACGAGCCCAACAUCCUGAUCUGCUACGUCACCAAGUUCUGGCCGCCGGCGCUGGGGCUGAGCUGGCUGCGCAACGGGGUCCCG